CCCACACGCUGAGCUGGCAGUAUGGGUGGAGCCACACAAACAUGGAAAAUGAAAAGAGGCUCACUUCUCUCGUGUGUUUUUCGCGAUUUAACAGCGCCAUGUUAGACACAACGAACCCUCCUACACAAUCACGAUUAGCCGUGUGGGUGUAGUUCCCAUUGAGCUGGUGACAAAUGUCCCGGGGCGGAAAGGCCGAGUGGUCUGGACCCACCAGCCGACGUGGCUCUGCAAGGUGCCACCGUCCGAUGCUAACGGCUAGUGAGUUGAGCUACGCUACACUGACAGGGAGGAUGAGCUCGAUUCCCGUCCCCUUCAAUAGGAUGUAUUGUGUUGAAAAUCAACACACAAAUGACAACACUUCUGCAAUUUCUAAUACGUAGCCAAUAUAAGUGGACGCUUGACGUCUUUAAGCUUGGCACAGCUAGCUGCUAGGUAGCUAAACAUAAUUAGCCGGCUACAUUUGCGCAAGGGGGGUGAAGUCGGUGCAUCACAGGCUAGUGGCCCGACUGGAAACCGUGUGCUUUUAUUCAAAGUGACAACGAAAUAAUGUUAAGAUAAAGUUCAAAUUAUAUAAAACGUCAACAUUACUCGGGGUGGCCAUUCAUCGAAAAGAGGAAAAGCAACGUAUUUGACUAGCUUAACAUUGUAUAUGCUAGCUAGCUAGCUUUGCAAUGACAUCAUCCCCAUUGAGAGAAAACGUAAUGUCCACAGUGAUUAUGUCACCGUCCACUAUAUUAAACCCUGUGUUCAGACUGAUAUGUAAACAUCUACUUCUGUAUCGUCAUGGGUCGCCAAUGUCAGGCUUCAGCCUCAGGGAGAGCCAGCCGCUAGCUAGCCGAAGAAGCUAGCUAGCCCAUCUUAGCCACUUCUCCAAACAUUCUCCCCGCAUCCCAGCGACACGUCGGGCGCUUCGUCCCUCGGACUCACCGCUCUGCUCGCCCAGGAAGACGAGCUUGAACUUUCGUAAAGGGUUGCCGAACUCCCCGCCGCCGGUCGUGGUAGACAUGUUGGCAAAAAAAACAAACAGCUACUCGGCUAGCCUAGCUAACGAUGCGUCCGGAGCGGAGAGGAGCGAGUAGUGUAUCUUCCUCCUGCUCGGGGCAGCGCUAUUGUUUUCUUCCACACGCAGGAGGGGAAAACAGCGCCACCACGAGGCCACAGCCGAGGGUUUUAAACAACUUACAAGUGUCACCAAAUAUAAGACUGGACGUAAAAUGAAGAAAGGUAAACGACUAUUUGGGGGAAACGAUGUGUUUAUUUCCUUCUCUCGUCUAUAAAGAAGAAGGGAUUUUCCUUGCUGGACAUCUCAUCCCUUCACUCGAUUGUGAUGUCUGUCCUGCUGGCAAGAAACAACCGAUUGUAGAGCACACAGCGAGAAGAAGUGAUUAGAGCAUGAGAUCGAGUCAAGAAGAUGCAUCACCAGUUGGAGGACGGCUGCGUCUGUUUGUUUUAUGGGGGCUGCGGUUGGUGGUCGGCACAUUUCUGCGGAGCAGUGAGAGGCAGAACAGCAAAUAUGGGACCAAACGGCUUCCCACAGACUUACAUGCUCCAACUAAUGGAGAAGGAGGGAAGUAGGAGGGCUGAAUAAUGGGCGAAGUUUCUCCGAGGACAAAAAUAAGAAAGUUGGGGAUGAUCAUAACCAUAUGGAGACUGCAUUUUGCUGCUGAGUGAGCCAGAGAGGGUGGGAAGUGUAGGGAGGGUGACAAAAGGAAAUAGGUUGGGACAGAAGAAAGAGAGGCUGGAAGAACGUAAAUAUUACUGCCAGGGGUUGAAACAUCUGGAAGUAAAGAUAAUAAAAACAGAAACUAGAAAGAAGUUGAGGAUUAGCCCCUCACCUGAGAGUGGAAAGUUGUGUGUUCUGUUUGGAAUUUGAGGAGGGAGACGGGGCAGGGGCUGAGGGAGGAAGAGGGAAAUAGACGAGAGAGGGAGAGGGAGAGAAAAAGGAAGCAGUCUGCUGUUUCACACACUGGUGGUGAAGUUGAGCCCCUCGCAAGAAUUCUCCUGGCUGUGUCCGCCAUCUGGAAUGUCGAGUCACUUCCUCUGUCUGUGCUGUGCUCUUACGGGGUUGUCCUCUUGCCUCUCUGCUCCCUCCCUCUGCUCUGACAGCACCGUGAAGAACCGCUGGAGACCACGCCAGUGCGGACGGGACUCUUCUGACAAGACCCACGCGCCAGCACACAAACAUCCAGCAUGAAAGUGAGACCCCUGGAUUAGCCCACAUCCAACCAGGCAGCAUCUGAGUGGAAUCUGGGCCUGGAAGAGGCUAAGGCAACUGCAGUCAUCAGCUGAACUUUCUCUUGGAGGGUGUUCCUUUUCCCUUAUAUGGCUACAGAGCUGAGAAAUCAUUUGAAUUAGUCUGGUUUCUGCUGCAUGCCUGUCUGGUUUUAGUGCUGACGGAGUUCCAUCUGCUGUGUUUCUGUCUCUGCUUGCUGUGCGUGUGUGUGUGGGGGGGGGGAGCCGUGUGUGUGGCUCCAUUUGUUUAUUUUACCGUCUCAGUUCUUCUUUUCCUGUUGUUUGCAUGUGGGGCUUUUGUUUGGGGACAAGAGGAGCGCUUGUGUUUGUGGUAAAGCUAGAGGCAGCGUCACAGCCUCAGGGCUGACUGCUUCAUUCAGACUCUUGCUGUUUUUCCUCUACCUCCUGUCGCCCCCCCCUGCCUACCGCUGUGAUGGUCUGUGUUUGCUGGAGCAACACACCCACCUGGGUGCAGAAAACUGCAACCGAAGACUGAAGCAGGGGCUCAGCACUGGAGGCUGUUAUCAGAAAGGUGGACUGGAGCUUCAGCCGAGAGGCAGGGUGUUGUAACAGUGGACUAAUCUCACCAUCAGCUGGAUCUGCUUCUUUCCUCGUACGAUGCAACAGGAUGUGUGACCCACAAGAAGCCAAUAGGUGCACAGGAAAUGCCAGCUGAUACAGACGGGGGGGUUGGGUUGUCAGUUUGACACUUUGAUCAUGAAGAAAAAGGCCGUGGCCACCAGGAGCACUUGAAUGGACUGCUGGUCGGGUUCCUCACCUCACGUGGAUGACUUUUAUGACCCUAUCGCUCUACGUUGAUCGCCAUGGCAACGGCGGCGUGGUAUCAUCGUGACAUCAGCCGCGUGCACGCAGAGGACCAGCUGGCACGGGCAGGGAGGGAUGGCAGCUACCUAGUGAGAGACAGCGAGUCUGUGCCAGGAGCCUACGCGUUGUGCCUGCUGUUCCAGCGCCAUGUUCACACCUAUCGAAUCCUCCCUGACGCCGACGGCCUCCUCGCAGUCCAGACAACACAGGGGGUGCAGGUGAACUGUUUCCGGACACUGGAGGACUUGGUGUUGGGAUACCAGUAUCCACACAAAGGCCUCGUCACGCCGCUGCUCUACCCUGUUCCCCGUGACAUCGACACGGGGGACGAGAGCUCAGAUGAUGAGAAGCCGCCUUCAGUGUCUGCCUCAGUCAGCUCGUCGCUUUCAUCAGGACCACCAGCUAAACAGGGCCCCCCCGCCCCAUUCCUUGAUAAAUUACAGGAGCUGAACACAUCCAGUACUGCAGGUGAUUUGAUGGGUCUGCUCAAUGACUACCUCUUCAGUGAGCUCCCUCUCGACAUCGACAAUGUGCAUAAAGGGGCAACAACUCUAUGCCACCUCAAGCGUACUCUGGGUAACGCCUGCCAGGGCCUCAACAGUGAGAUUGACCUGACUCUCUCAAGUCUAGAAACCCUGGCGAAGGUGUUCGACCAUCCGAGCUGCUCUCUGACACACAACAAGACACAGGGCCCAGAGAUGGACAUAGACACCUUGUUGUGUAAGAUCUCAGCGCUGGUCAGCCUCCUUUCUUCACUGGAGAAAAAGGUGUUAAAAGCGCUUCAAGACGCUGUGACCAAUCACAAUCUGGCAGUCCAGCCCGCUCCCCCCCCACCUGAGCCAGCACCCACCAGCAGAGCACCUGUAAAGAACCAUGCCCGACAGAUGCCAGUUCACUCCUUUCAGGUGAAGAUGGUGCGGUACGGCAGACAGACAGUCUCUGUUGAUGUGGACACAGGAAUGCUGCUUUUUGACAGAAAAGCCGGAUCAUUCACCGUCGAAAAGGUCUCACAUGACAGAAUUCUCCAGAUUGUCAAGUUCCAGAGCAGCCCAGCCAAGGUGUGCAUGGUGGUGGACAGUCACCACAACACACCGAGGGAGAUGACGUUUGAGAGCGCACGGAAAUGCGACUCCUUCUGCCAGCUCCUCCAGAUGAUGAAAACCAGACACUCUCAGCUGAGUGAGCCUGACAUGGUCUCUGUGUUUGUUGGCACCUGGAACAUGGGUGGAUCCCCUCCUCCUCGCAGCCUGCAGACGUGGGUGACCUGCUGUGGUCUGGGUCACACCCCCGACGAGUCCACCGCCCUGCUCCCUCACGACAUCUACGCCCUGGGGACCCAGGAAAACCCUCAGGGCGAGAGAGAGUGGAUUGAACAUAUCAAAGCAACCCUUCGCAGCUACACUCACAUUGACUUCAAACAGGUGGCAGUACAGUCCCUCUGGAAUAUGCGGCUGGCUGUGUUUGUGAAGCCGGAGCAUGAAGGUCGCAUCAUCCAUGUGAACACAGCCAGUGUGAAGACCGGCCUGGGGAACGCAUUAGGAAACAAGGGAGCUGUUGGGGUCUCGUUCCUCUUCAAUGGAACAUCUUUUGGCUUUGUUAACUGUCACCUGACUUCUGGAAGUGAGAAGGUCCUGAGGAGGAACCAGAACUUCGUGGACGUGCUCCGGCUCCUCUCUCUAGGCGACAAACAGCUCGGGGCUUUUGACAUCAGCCUGCGCUUCUCUCAUCUCUUCUGGUGUGGAGACCUCAAUUACAGGCUCGACUUAGACGUACAGGACAUCCUGAAACACGUGUCCAAGAGAGAGUUCGAGGAGCUCAUGUGUGCGGACCAGCUCACCCGGGAGAGACACAAGAGGAAGGCCUUCCUCAAUUUCAAGGAGGAAAAGAUUGCGUUUCCACCGACCUAUCGGUAUGAGCGGGGCUCCAGAGACUGCUACCUGUGGCAAAAGUACAAGACCUCAGGGGUGCGGGUCAACGUGCCGUCUUGGUGCGACAGGAUUCUGGUGAAGUCCUAUCCAGAGACGCACAUCAUUUGCACGGCAUAUGGUUGCACAGAUGACAUCUUCUCAAGCGAUCACUCGCCUGUUUUCGCCACGUUCCAAGUGGGAGUGACGUCACGGCUCAGCUUCAAAACAGAUCCGAACCCCGGCGCGGAGAGGGCCUGGAUAGAGCUGGAGGGCGUGGAGGCCAUUGUGAAGACGGCAAGCAAAGCAAAGUUCUUCAUCGAGUUUCAUUCAACUUGCCUUGAAGAGACAAGACGCUCCAGUGAGAACGACUCGCAGAGCUGUGAUGUCCCUGGGUUCCUGAAACUCGGCUGGUCCUUCAAACAGCUGCCGAAGCUUCUCCCAGUCCUGUCUGACAUGGAGUACCUUCAGGACCAGCACCUGCUGCUGUCUGUCAAGUCAUGUGACGGGUUUGAGUCAUACGGUGAAUGCUGUGUAGCUCUGCGCUCACUCACACGCGCAGCCGAGCAGUUUGAGACGUUCCUGAGCCACCGAGGUGAAGAGAUGGGCUCCAUAAGAGGACGCGUCAGGGUCCACGUGCCCAAGGACAGGCGGGCAACACGGGAGAGGAUCUAUGAGUGGUUCUGUUUUGAGAAAGAUGAUAAACGGCCUCUGAGGGGACACAUGUCUCCGGCUUCGACACAGGUCCAGAUAAAUAGGUCCUCUCCAGUUCCUCCUAAACUCACUCCGAGCAGCUACACCAACCCGGCCUACUUCAUCUUCGAAGGCGUGUCGGUGGCACGCAGGGUGGAGGAGGCCCCCCCCCAGCAAAGGGACCCACAGGUCAUCUGGUCUGGUAACGAGGCCUUGCAGCUCCCGAAAAUCUCAGGACGCCAGGGCUUUGAAAGACGACCCUGCCACAGGUCCGACUUUACAGAGAUUGAAAUUCCCGCCAUCCUGCCCCAGUGCGCGCCAACCAACGACCUUCAAACGGCCCAAACCAACUCCUCCUAUCAGCUGUUCCCCGCCAAAGACCCGUCUCCCAUUUCUCCACCCUCCAGCAACGCCAUCCCACAGUUCCAGGAACAGACUUCACAACCCAGAGACAAAUAUCAAUGUAAAAGUAUUGUCCAGGACUCCAUCCUGCCCGUGAAGAACCUGAGGAACUUGUAUAUGAAUCACUCAGCGAUCAUGAGGGAAAAUAACAGAAGGGAUCAACAUCAGCUCCUCCCAGAGAGGACCAAUCCAAUCCGGGCGGCCAAGCUGCCGUCCGCUUUCCCUUUCACCCCCGCUCCCUUAGGACCCUGUCAGGCCUCUGCUCCCUGGAAAGUGGAUCAGCAGCCACCCGGGCGUACAGGGGAUCACUCCCUCACUGCUUUGCAAAUUGCCAAGUCCCUCAGUGAAGUCGACUUUUUCCCCUCAGAGCUGAGAGGCCCGACCAUGACCAACCAGAGGCAAUGUUACAGAAACGGCCCCUCGAUGCAGGGAGACCGGAGUCACAGCUGGGAGAAAGAGCAGGUGUCCGUGCUCCAAGGGGCACCAGAGACCGUGCGGGAGCUUCUCACCACUCUGGGUCUUCAGAAAUACACCCUGGGACUCAGUCUCAAUGGCUGGGAUGACCUGGAUUACUUCAGCGGCAUCACUGAGGAGGACCUACGAGCCGCGGGAGUGACGAACCCUUCGCACCGACGCAGGAUCCUCGAGAACCUGCCCCGGACCUGGAACUGAUGCGAUGGUGCGAAGCCUCCUUGUCUGCUCCCUUACUCCAACUGGAAGAACUGAUGGAGCUGAGAUCUGAAGAAAGGACAGACUGAUGGGACACAAUCACAACAGCUGGACUUUACCUCAGUCCAUCUUCUCGUUCUCUCGACCGGGGAACGUAACGCAGGAUGUUCUGCGUUCUCAAUCCUAUCGUCUUAGUUGAACUCCUGCACUGAAAGGAAAAUCAGAAAAUGAAAAAUGGGACUUUAAAAGAAAAAUAUGGUUUUGUCACUCAAUUUGUUAAGAUUUAAUCAAAUGCAAAUUUCUCUUUUAUUGAAAACAAAGAUCUAUUUACCCUCCGUCAACCUUACAUGUCAACACUGACCACAUCGGCAGUUCAGUUGCACGUAAGCUGUGUCCGGUCUAUUGUGGAGUUUUGAGUGAUGCUGUGUGCCGGGAAGCGACCUGGCAGAGAUUAGAGUGAGUGAUUGAAGGCGAGUGAUGCUCUCUGCAGUGAGUGAGCAUCAGGGAGGCAGAGCUCAGUCGCUACAGGACAGAAGGUCAGUUGAGCUGAACGUUUCUGCAAAAAAACCUGAAACACUUAAACUAAAUGUAACAAAACUGAAGCCAAGUUUUAAGAGGUUUCUGCCGGAAAAGCAAUUUCCUCCCAUCAGCAGCCUGCAACAACACAUAUUCAGCUCCCUCUCUAUUUUAGUAAAGUGGAUGUAUGACAAACAUAAUUUAAGAAUUUAAGCCCCAAUGUUGAAUUUUUUUGGACUCAUUAUAUGAAAAUCACUAAUAAGAAAACACAAAAUACUAUUUUUGACAAAAUGAAAUGACAAUAAUCUAAAAAAAAGGCCAUGUUUUUCAUUUCCAAAUCUUCAUGUCAGAGGAGGAAGAGGACGAGACGAAGGAACACGGGUUGUAACUCAUUCUGCUUUAUUCCACUGUCCAUCUGGACUGAUAGUCAGAGGUGGGUGGAUGUGAAUGGAAAGCCUUGAUAUGUAUCUCUAAUUACUGACUCAUACACAAAUGUUUAUCAUGGCAGCAAUGACUCAUCGAUUUUGUUUUUAAUGAUUUUUAAAUGACUAUACAAAUGUAAUUCCUCAGUUUCCAGUGUUCACACAAGGCUAGUGUUUCCUGUUUACCUUCAUCCCUUCGACUGUGUGCUUUCUGAUUAUUAUGCUAUUAUUGAGCCUGGACCCGAGCUUGUUAAAAGCCCUCUAUCAAACCUACGGAGCAUCAAAUCCGUAGCUCUACCUACUGGAACGUUGUCUGUAAAGUUCGUGUAGGACCAGUUGUAUUUCAAAUCGUUUACUGUCUCAUAUUGUUGCUAUCAUGUCACUUAAUCAGCACCUACGCCCACUCUGCAUGUUUUAUGCAGCCUUUUUAAAGUAAAGUGCAUAAAGCAACUCUCGACCGUUUCCAAGCAAACUCAAGUCCUCUUCGUGUCUCCUCACUUCACCUCUCUGCAUGUUGUUUAACAUCGGGUCCCACCGACCUGCAAACCUGCCUGAUUAUCAGCUAACUCUCCCCCAAGAGAAGAGUUUCUAAAUCCAGACAAACGGUUUCACAUUUUAUAAGAAGAAGAUAUGUCAUUCAUUAACUGCUGAUCUUUGCUUCAGAUGGUAUUUAUAACCGUACUCGGAGUUCAUAUGAAACCAUAAAUCAAAUGUCAGAGGAUGUUUCUCGUUAUGUGGAAGUCAAGCAAAAAGGAAAGUGUCAGCAGCUAUGCGUCAUAUCAUUUAUUUUAAGGUUAAGUCAGUGUCUGAUUUCUCUUUUACACUUUUUACAGGAUUCAUAUUUUACAUUUAGUUUUUGUUGAUGUUACUGUAGAGUUCUGAGGUUUUUUUCAGGCCAGUGGCUGGAGGAGUUAUGUUUUUGGGCUUGUCUGUAUGUGCAUUGGUAUGUUGCUCCCAUUCUUGUGGACAUCAAAUUUGAACUGAGUGGAGGUUGUUAGUCAAGGGUCAAAGGUCACUGUGGCCUCACAAUACCCUUUUUUUAAAUAGAGAAUAUCUCUGUAGUGUGGAUGACUGACCAAAUCCCAAAGCUUUUUCACUGUUAAAGGAUGUGUGUGUAUAUAGAAUUACAGGAGUGUGCGUUGCCUGUAAUAACCGGGAAGCCGGUCAACAAAUAUGUAUUUAUCAGAUCACUUAAAUAACAGAUCACGGCAGAGAGAGACGAGACAGCUUUUGAAUAUGAUCCUAAAAUAACA